UUGCACAGGUAUUGCCACCGUCUUGACCAUUCAAACCUACCCUGACUGCAACAGAAGUGAGUCGUCGUUGGCACGCACCACCAAAGGACUCCGACAUGUACCAGGCCAGAUCGCAGGGCAAGACACGAUCCUUGGGAGCCACCCCGGAUGAACUGCGGACACUCGUCUUAGACUAUCUAUGCCACAAUGCAUAUUCGAAGACAGUACAGGCGUUUUCUUGCGACAGCGCGAUCAAGUAUAUGGACGCGGAUGGGGACGAGGUCAUGGCAGCAUCCGAAGAAAUUACAUUAUCCGACUCACUGAAGUCUCUUAUGGCAUCCGGCGAGUCUCGCAAAGAGAUCCGUAUAUGCAUACUGUCGGGACAGAUAGAUGAAGCCAUCGAACUUAUCAACAAGCACUUCCCCUCGGUGCUUUCUGAGAACACGGAGACACUACCACUGUACAAGACGGACAGUCAUCUCGGAUACAUACCCUCCACCUCCGUCAAUCCAUCCCACCUCAUGGUCAACCUUCACAUCCAAGGCUUCAUCGAAGCGGCGCCUACCACGGGCGAGGCCAUGGACGAAGACAAGGAGAUGGCUGAUUCAGCGACGGAGCGACUGCUUCACCGAGCGCAGAAUCUCUACGCCGAAGUGCAUCGUUUGCCAGUCGCCGAAGACCGGGCUCAGUACCUCUUGGAGCUCGGAAGAGUCGGUAGUCUGCUUGCAUACACCGUUCCUGAGAAAGGGCCUGUUACACAGUAUCUUGGUCAAGACAGGCGCGAGGCCCUCGCGGACUCUAUUGAUAGUGCCAUUCUCUACCGCACAGAGCAACCGGUAGUUCCCAAGCUGGAGCUAGCUUCUCGCCAAACUUCUGUUGUCUGGUCGAUGCUUCACGAGCAGAAGGUCAGACCUCCUCCACCUUCCAGCUGGCCGGCGGGCGUGACACCGCCAGGAAUGACACGGCCGGCUCCUGCCCCAUCAAUUGUGUCUUCCAAGAAGUCAUCGGAGCCAGAUGCACCAGAGGUAUGGCAUCGUCUUCGGUCAGGCGAAUGUGGUCUCCUGACAGCUGCCUACAGUCAUUUGCGCCGUUUGACUUGCAGACUUACCUGAACGCUUCGGUUGAUGUUGACUGCUAUCUACACGUAUUACGAUUGGUUUACACGCGAUGAUUCAUGUCAGUAUGCAGGACUUCG